UUAGUGGAGGAAUCAGACAUCAUUGAUCUCGAAAAACGGUAUUGGUUGCUGAAGGCUCAAUCUCGGACUGGACGAUUUGAUUUAGAGACCUUUGGCCCUUUGGUUUCACCACCUCUUCGUCCUUCUCUAAGUGAAGGUUUAUUUAAUGCUUUUGAUGAAAAUCGUGACAAUCACAUAGACUUUAAGGAGAUAUCCUGUGGGUUAUCAGCCUGUUGCAGGGGACCCCUGGCUGAAAGACAAAAAUUUUGCUUCAAGGUGUUUGAUGUCGACCGUGAUGGUGUUCUCUCCCGGGUUGAACUCAGAGACAUGGUGGUUGCACUUUUAGAGGUCUGGAAGGACAACCGCACUGAUGAUAUCCCUGAAUUGCAUAUGGAUCUCUCUGACAUUGUAGAAAGCAUAUUGAAUGCACAUGAUACCACAAAGAUUGGACACCUUACUCUGGAGGACUAUCAGAUCUGGAGUGUGAAAAAUGUUCUUGCCAAUGAAUUUUUGAAUCUCCUCUUCCAGGUGUGUCACAUAGUUCUAGGAUUAAGACCAGCUACUCCAGAAGAAGAAGGACAAAUUAUUAGAGGAUGGUUAGAACGAGAAAGCAGGUAUGGUCUGCAGCCAGGACACAAUUGGUUUAUCAUCUCCAUGCAAUGGUGGCAGCAGUGGAAAGAAUAUGUCAAAUACGAUGCCAACCCUGUUGUAAGACCAUCAUCUGUUUUGAGAGGAAAAUUUUCAUUUGGACAGAGUAAUCCUAUGGAACAGAGUGAAGACAGAAUUGGAGUACCUCAUUAUGUGAAUACCUCAGAAGAGAAAUUUUCAACAAACAUUUCUACUGCAUCAGAAGCCUCAGAGUCCGCAGGCACCGGCUUCCUGUAUUCAGCCACACCAGGGCAGACAUGUUUUGCUCGACAACAUAACAGUUCUGACAAUAACAACCAGUGUUUGCUGGGAGCAAAUGGGAAUAUUUUGUUGCACUUUAAUCCUCAGAAACCAGGAGCUAUUGAUAACCAGCCACUAGUAACUCACGAACCAGUAAAGGCUAACAUCAUAAACAUUAGAAGGAGGACGAUUAAAACAACUCCCCAGCUGAUCCAUGGAAGAGAUUAUGAAAUGGUCCCAGACUGUAUGGAGAGCAUUUAUCAUUGGUAUGCGAGCAAACUUGGCCUUCCUAGACCUGUAAUUAUCAAGAAUAGCAAGACAGAUCCAGAGCUGGAAUUAUUUCCUCGCUAUCUUCUCUUCCUGACACAGCCUGCCACUCGGACACAACAGUCUAACAUCUGGGUGAAUAUGGGAAAUGUACCGUCUCCAAAUGCGCCUCUGAAGCUGUUAGCCUAUACAGGCUGUUUUAGUAGAAUGCAGACCAUCAAGGAAAUUCAUGAUACCUAUCUCAAAAUGCGCAUCAAAGAAGAAGAUAUGCGCCUGUGGCUAUACAAUAGUGAGAAUUACCUUACUCUUCUGGAUGAUGAGGAUCACAGAUUGGAAUAUUUGAAAAUCCAGGAUGAACAACACCUGGUAAUUGAAGUUCGCAACAAAGAUAUGAUGCCUGAGGAGAUGUCUUUUAUAGCAAACAGUAGUAAAAUAGAUAGACACAAAGUACCUACAGAAAAGGGAGCCACGGGUCUGAGUAACCUGGGAAACACGUGCUUCAUGAACUCAAGCAUCCAGUGUGUUAGUAACACACAGCCACUGACACAGUAUUUUAUCUCAGGGAGACAUCUUUAUGAACUCAACAGGACAAAUCCCAUUGGUAUGAAGGGGCAUAUGGCUAAAUGCUAUGGUGAUUUAAUGCAGGAGCUUUGGAGUGGAACUCAGAAGAAUGUUGCCCCACUAAAGCUUCGGUGGACCAUAGCAAAAUAUGCUCCCAGGUUUAACGGAUUCCAACAGCAAGAUUCACAGGAACUUCUGGCUUUCCUCUUGGAUGGUCUUCAUGAAGAUCUCAACCGAGUCCAUGAGAAGCCAUAUGUGGAACUGAAGGACAGUGAUGGCCGACCAGACUGGGAAGUAGCUGCAGAGGCAUGGGACAACCAUCUGAGGAGAAAUAGAUCAAUAGUUGUGGAUUUGUUCCAUGGACAGCUAAGAUCCCAAGUCAAGUGCAAGACAUGUGGGCAUAUAAGUGUCCGAUUUGACCCUUUCAAUUUUCUGUCUUUGCCACUACCAAUGGACAGUUACAUGCACUUAGAAAUAACAGUAAUUAAAUUAGAUGGUACUACCCCUGUAAGAUACGGACUAAGACUGAAUAUGGACGAAAAGUACACAGGUUUAAAAAAACAGCUGAGCGAUCUCUGUGGACUUAAAUCAGAACAAAUCCUUCUUGCAGAAGUACAUGGUUCCAACAUAAAGAACUUCCCUCAGGACAACCAAAAAGUUCGACUCUCUGUGAGUGGAUUUUUGUGUGCAUUUGAAAUUCCUAUCCCUGCAUCUCCAAUUUCAACUUGUAGUCCAAUACAGACAGAUUUCUCCUCUUCCCCAUCUAUAAAUGGAAUGUUCAGCCUAACUACCAAUGGGGACGUGCCUCGACCAAUAUUCAUCCCCAAUGGAAUGCCAAACACUGUUGUGCCAUGUGGAACUGAGAAGAAUUUCACAAAUGGAAUUGUGAACAGUCAUAUGCCAUCUCUUCCUGACAACCCCUUUAUAGGAUACAUCAUUGCAGUCCAUCGAAAAAUGAUGAGGACAGAACUAUAUUUCCUGUCAUCUCAGAAGAAUCGACCCAGCCUCUUUGGAAUGCCACUAAUUGUUCCAUGCACUGUGCAUACCCGAAAGAAAGAUCUAUAUGAUGCAGUUUGGAUUCAAGUAUCUCGAUUAGCCAGCCCACUCCCACCUCAGGAAGCUAGUAAUCAUGCUCAGGAUUGUGAUGACAGUAUGGGCUAUCAAUACCCAUUCACUCUACGAGUUGUUCAGAAAGAUGGAAACUCCUGUGCUUGGUGCCCAUGGUAUAGAUUUUGCAGAGGCUGUAAAAUUGAUUGUGGGGAAGACAGAGCUUUCAUUGGAAAUGCCUAUAUUGCUGUUGAUUGGGACCCCACAGCUCUUCACCUGCGCUAUCAAACAUCACAGGAAAGAGUUGUAGACGAGCAUGAGAGUGUGGAGCAGAGUCGGCGAGCACAAGCUGAGCCCAUCAACCUGGAUAGCUGUCUCCGAGCUUUCACCAGUGAGGAGGAGCUAGGGGAAAAUGAGAUGUACUACUGUUCCAAGUGUAAGAUCCACUGCUUGGCAACCAAGAAGCUGGAUCUCUGGAGGCUUCCCCCCAUCCUGAUUAUUCACCUUAAACGAUUUCAGUUUGUAAAUGGUCGGUGGAUAAAAUCACAGAAAAUUGUUAAAUUUCCUCGUGAAAGUUUUGACCCUAGUGCGUUUUUGGUACCAAGAGACCCAGCUCUCUGCCAGCAUAAACCACUCACAUCCCAGGGGGAUGACCUCUCUGAGCCAAGCGUUCCAGCAGAAGUGAAGAAAGUGGAUGCCCAGAACUCAGCAGGAGAAGAGGAUAUGUUCCUGAGCAAGAGCCCAUCUUCUCUCAGUGCAAAUAUCACCAGUAGCCCAAAAGGCUCACCUUCUUCAUCAAGAAAAAGUGGAACCAGCUGUCCCUCUAGCAAAACUAGCAGCCCUACCAGCAGCCCACGAACUUUGGGGAGGAGCAAAGGGAGGCUCCGACUGCCUCAGAUUGGCAGCAAAAAUAAAUUGUCCAAUAGUAAGGAGAACUUGGAUGCCAGUAAAGAGAAUGGGGCUGGGCAUAUCUGUGAGCUGACUGAUACCUUGAGCCAAGGGCACUUGCUAGAAGGUAGCCAACCUGAGUUGGUUACCCCUCAGGACCAUGAAGUCACUUUGGCCAAUGGGUUCCUUUAUGAGCAUGAGGCAUGUGGCAACAGCUACACCAAUGGUCAACUUGGAAAUCACAGUGAAGAAGACAGCACUGAUGACCAAAGAGAAGACACUCAUAUUAAACCUAUUUAUAACCUAUAUGCAAUUUCGUGCCAUUCAGGAAUUCUGGGUGGGGGCCAUUACGUCACUUAUGCCAAAAACCCAAACUGCAAGUGGUACUGUUACAAUGACAGCAGCUGUAAGGAACUUCACCCUGAGGAAAUUGACACCGACUCUGCCUACAUUCUUUUCUAUGAGCAGCAGGGGAUAGACUAUGCACAAUUUCUGCCAAAAAUCGAUGGCAAAAAGAUGGCAGACACGAGCAGCAUGGAUGAAGACUUUGAGUCUGAUUAUAAAAAGUACUGUGUGUUACAGUAAAGCUGCUGCUGUGGCUGUUAGGCUGGUGGUAAGGGAGAUGACUCCUUGUAGCUGGCAUUUGGCAAAAGCGUCACUGAAAAGCAAGCUAAAUGUAGUUAUUUUAUCCUGUGACCCUGAAGCACAAAAUAAAAGUCCUAACUAAAAUAGCUGUCAAAUUUAAGAGUAGUAAUAAAUUUGUUUUGAAGUCUCUCUCAAGCUCAUUGGUAGAGAAGUUUCAGGCAGAUCCCACCAUUAGCCUGUAAACAAAAGGGUUUGGCAACAACCACCUGGGACCAAAUAAGAAUUAAAUUGUGCUUGUCCAUAUAUGAACAAAAUAUAUGGACAAAAUCAUAACAAAAUACUAAGGAUUUCCUUGGAGUCAAAGUAAAACAAAAAUUGUAGUGUUGUCUGGGGACGACAUGAUAUGCUACCUCCUUUUUCCUGAAGUUUUAUUCCAUUAUUGACAAGGUGGAGAAAGCAAGAUCAUGAAGGUGUGCAAAUGACUCUUUCGGCAUGGACACAGAUUUCUCAUUUUUUUAGGCCAUUUCCCCACUCUUUCUGUGUCUUUCUUUUCAUUCUAGUUGUUGUGUUUGUGUUUUAGACACAACUAGUUAUUGGUGGCAGAGGCAUAUAGUGGCCAAUCUGAAAGGGAUAAUCUCUUGAAAACUAUGUGCCUUCUACCUGGAGUCUUAGUUGGUAGACCCAAGAGAAAGAAAAAACAUCCUGUGGAAUCCAACUACAAUGGCCCUCCUGAUAGAGGAAUCUUUCUUUUAGGAUACUUUAAGUGUCCUCAAAAACCUGUCCUCCCACACACACAUAUACACUGCUGAGUGUGGCAGGGUGGUUGCCAAUAUUUGCACCAUCUUCCCAUGCAUAUGUUGCACAAAGAGCUUCUGGGAGGUAAAAGACGUCAGUUAGAUGGUGUUUCACAUUAGUGGUUGUUUUUCUCUUUGUUUCUUUUGCACUUUAAAAAAGAGAAUACAUGCAAAUAAACUUACCUGUAUUUUGAUGGCUCUAAAGGGCUAUAAAUUAACUUGAUUGGGGUAUUUUCCUCUAUCAUAUUAAAUUUAAAAACAAAAUGCAUCCUGAAACAUUGGUAAUUAAGUAUUUUUAAUGAAAUUGGUGGGUUUAAGAAGUAAACUUCUGUUUUGUUUGC